CGAGGUCUAGAGAGAGGGAGAGAGAGAGAGAGAAACACAGAAGGAUCGGAAGCAACUGUGUAGAGGGCAGACAGAGAGGGAGAUGGGCACCCUACAAACAUGGAGGAAGGCCUACGGUGCUCUCAAAGAUCACACCAAAGUAGGCCUUGCCCAUGUCAAUAGCGAUUUCAAGGAUGUGGACGUGGCCAUCGUUAAGGCUACGAAUCAUGUUGAGUGCCCGCCCAAAGAUAGACAAAUUAGAAAAAUUAUAGUUUAUACAUCAGCAAUGCGGCCCAGGGCUGAUGUUGCAUACUGCUUGCAUGCGCUUGCUAGGAGAUUAGCAAAGACACAUAACUGGACGGUGGCACUAAAAACACUCAUUGUAAUCCAUAGAACAUUGAGGGAAGGUGAUCCUACUUUUCGCGAGGAGCUUUUGAAUUUUCAGCAGAGAGGCCGCGUUCUUCAAAUGUCUAAUUUUAAGGAUGACUCAAGCCCUAUUGCUUGGGAUUGCUCUGCAUGGGUACGCACAUAUGCUCUCUUUUUGGAAGAACGGCUUGAAUGCUUCAGGGUUCUAAAGUAUGAUAUUGAAGCGGAGAGACUUCCAAGACCUGCUCAGGGCCAAGAGAAGGGUUACAGCAGAACUAGAGAAUUGAAUAGUGAAGUGCUCCUAGAGCAAUUGCCCGCUUUGCAGCAGCUGCUGUAUCGCCUCAUCGGAUGCCGGCCUCCACAGUCGUUCCUAGUGACAAUGGAAGAGUAUAUAAGGGAAGCUCCACGGAUAGUAUCGGUUCCCAGAGACACAACGGAAAACCCGGAGAGACUUAUGCUGGCAUAUAAACAAGAAGAUGAGCCGUCACCCUCUGAAGAACACAAAGAAUUGGCUGAUGAACUUCCAACCGGCCCCCCGCUAGCUGAGGGUGUUGCAGUUUUGAUCACUGAAACUCCUGCCUCUGUGCCUCUUCCUCGUGGAAAUGAAACUGAUGAUCUACUUGGAUUGAAUACCCCCGCAACAGAUGUAUCUGCGAUUGAAGAAAGUAAUGCUUUGGCUUUGGCCAUAGUUCCAUCUGGAACAUCCCCUUUUGACUUGGAAGCAGCACAUCCUAAAGAUUUUGAUCCUACAGGAUGGGAACUUACCUUAGUCACUGCUCCCAGCAGCAACUUGUCCACUGCUCAGGAGAGGCAACUGGCUGGUGGUUUGGAUUCACUCACCCUAAAUAGUUUGUAUGAUGAGGGGGCUUUCAGAGCAUCACAGCAACCUGUGUAUGGAGCUCCUGCUCCCAACCCAUUUGAAGUAGCUGAUCCGUUUGCUAUGUCUAACACCACCAUGGCUGCCCCUCCAUCUGUAGUUCCAACAGCGGGUGCAAUGCCAAAUCCUUUUGGUGGUCCUUUCCAACCAGCGGUGUACCCACAGGGCAUCCAACCACCUCAAAAUGUACUGAUGGGCGGGCAACAUAAUCCGUUCGGUGAUGCUGGGUUUGGUGGGUUCCCUUCCACAAGUCAAGCCGCUCACCAACAGAAUGCCAACCCAUUCGGGAGCACUAGCCUGCUGUGACAAGAGUGAGAGCGCGAGAACAUAUGAAAGGUGAAAUUUGCAUAGGAAUUAUUUGGGAUACAUUUUGGGUAAACGAGUGGCAUGGCUUGAUGUGUAGGACUGGUUCUCAGACUCACAAAUGUGUUGGAAUGUAAAAUGCAUACUCCCUCCGUCCCCCUAUAUUUGUCCACAUUUGACUUUUGGAACUGUUCAUCUAAGCACUUUGACUCAUCAAAUUUUCUCAAUGUGUAAGUCUAAAUAUAGUCAUGUGUGAUCU